AUGGCGCCGUUCUUGUGGGCCUUGGCGGCGUUGGCGAUCAUCUCGCCCGUGGCAUCGGCCCGUGCGGAGACCACCCCGCUGCAAACCCCGAACAACUCUAUUGGGGACGUCGCCGAAAAUGGUGUGGACUUUUAUUCCAAGAUUGGGAGGCAAGCAGGGAGCAGAAGACUGCUGGAGCAAAGCUGUGCCACACAAUUGAUAGCAGAAGGAGAUCCUGCACCAUGUGGCAGGUAUCCAUUCAUGGCAUCUAUCCAGGAUCGGAUGGAUGUGCACAAGUGUGGAGGAGUAUUGAUUGACCCUGAGUGGAUAUUGACAGCUGCGCAUUGUGUGGAUGAGGUGGCAGUUCGCAGAAUUGUCGUUGGGGCAUGUGAUCUUGGUAACUACGGAACUGGUGCAGUGGAGGAAUACCAACUGCAGGCAGAUAUGGGCAUCAAAAUUCAUCCCAACUGGACAGGCACUGUAGGUGACGGGAAUGACCUGGCCCUGAUAAAGCUUGAUGGACGAUCAAAUAUCGACCCUGUCAAGAUUUUAAAUGACCUCAUCAUACCUCCUAGUACACUUUUGGCGGUGGCAGGCUGGGGAGACCAGGAAACGAAGUGCCCACAAAGCAGACACCUGCAACAUGCUGCCCGAAUGGAGUUGAUGGCCCAAAAACAGUGCCGCAGUAUCUGGGCACCUGAGGUUGUCAUCCAGGACAGCAUGAUGUGCACUGUGGGCGACCAGAGCGUCUGCAAGGGCGACAGUGGGGGUCCCCUGCUGUUGGCUGAUGCUCCUGGAGGAGAUUUGCGUGCUGGGAUGGCCAGUAAAGAUCUUCUGGCUGGUAUUGUGUCAUUUGGCAAUGGCUCCAACUGUGAGAUACACAUGUCUGGAGUGUACACCAGAGUGGCCAGCUUUCGUGAGUGGAUCGACGCCAUGUUGGGAGAUGUAUGUCUCAAGUGCAGUUCUUGCAGCAUUGCACAAGCACACUUGCUUGCCAUCAUCUCUGGCCAAUGGUGA